CAGGAAUUACGCGGGUGGCAACUGUUCAACAUAUUUGCUAUUACGAGUCUGAUGCUAAAUUACCCUGCUAUCUUAAACUAUAGCAGUAUAUUUUUAAAGCCUCUUUUCUCCAAAGCUUUAGUCACUUCCCUUAUCCCCUAGCCAAAUCUCCUUAAUCGGUUAAGCAAAAGGAACAUCCGUUAGGAAGCACAAUUUUUUGUUGCAUCUCAUCGUCGGUCCAUUGAAAAAAUAGGAAACACUUUCAACAUGGCGAGCUUUGUACAGUCGGAAAUACUAGGUACAAUUUUCGAAACUACUACAAGAUACACUGAUCUCAAGGCAAAAGAGCUGUUGUUAUCUGGUCUCCUCUGGUACCUUCUCAAAUUCAGAAUCACACGGCAACAUGCCGUAAUCUUCCGUGCACUGAUAGAGCUAUGGGAAAGCUCCGCAUAUGAUGAGAUUAGGCAGCAGCAUGUCGUCUUGAGGAAAAUAAGGUCCCCCUUCAAAACGAGACGCAAAUCAAGAGAGGUUCUUGAGGAAAUAGUUUUGUUGAAGCAACUCCAGCAUAGCAAUCUAGUCUUGCUCAGUCAUAUUUUCGUCUCACCUUUAGACAACAUUUACCUUGUGAGCGAGUCCUCAAAGACUCAUCUGACCCAAAUAAUCAGAAAGGGUGGUAUAGACAAUGCAUUUGCCACCUAUUUCGUAUAUCAGAUUCUCCGAGGAUUAAAAUAUCUUCAUUCCACAGGCCUGUCUCACUGUGAUCUUAAGCCUUCUGUGAUCCUUGUCGAUGACCACGCUGAAAUCAAAAUUAGCAAUAUCGAGAUCAAUAGCCCCAGGUACUGUCCAAUCGGUAGUCGGUUCAAUAACCACUAUCAAGCCCCGGAGGCUAUUCUUGCCUACCAGCGAGCAGACUCAUCAGCCGAUAUUUUUAGUACGGGGUGUAUUUUAGGUGAGAUGCUUCAGGGGAACGCACUCUUCGCCGGUGAAGAUUUGAGGCAGCAACUCGAAAUAUUCAGAGACUUAUUGGGCUCCCCGCCGGAAUGGAUGCUCGAGAAAUGUUGUGACAGAAAAAUUUGCGACAAGACCUUUGAGAUCGCUACAGAUGUGUUCAAGCCAAUGUAUCAUGACUCGCCACGAGUUCCAGACAUGAGUAGUCUGGCUUUAUUCGAAAGCACUGAUACUACACUUGUACUCGACUUACUUAAAAGGAUGCUGGUGUUCGAGCCCCGAGGGAGGCUAUCCGCUUCAGACGCCCUUGCACAUUCUUACCUUGAGCGAUAUCAUGACCCUACAGAUGAGCCAAUCUGCCAGAGGCAAUCUGAGUUAUUGGUUGAUGAAAGACUGCCUGGAAAUCCAUGGAUGAAAGAAAUAAUAUCAGAAGUCCUUAAACAUAAUUGA